GCGGCCCUAGGGCUGGGAGCGCCGCGCCGCGCUGCGCCGCGCUCCGCUGCGGGGAGGCCAUGACGGAACCUUCCCAGGCCUCGACCCCGGCCCCGGCCGCGCAGCCCCGUCCCCUUCAGUCCCCAGCCCCCGCCCCAACUCCGACUCCUACCCUCAGCCCGGCUUCGGCCCCGACUCCGGCUCCCACUCCGGCAUCAGCCCCAGCCCCAGCUACAGCCCCAGCCGGGAGCACAGGGACUGGGGGGCCCGGGGUAGGAAGUGGGGGUACCGGGAGCGGGGGUGAUCCGGCUCGACCUGGCCUGAGCCAGCAGCAGCGCGCCAGCCAGAGGAAGGCGCAAGUCCGGGGGCUGCCGCGCGCCAAGAAGCUUGAGAAGCUAGGGGUCUUCUCGGCUUGCAAGGCCAAUGAGACCUGCAAGUGCAAUGGCUGGAAAAACCCCAAGCCCCCCACUGCACCCCGCAUGGACCUGCAGCAGCCAGCUGCCAACCUGAGCGAGCUGUGCCGCAGCUGUGAGCACCCCUUGGCCGACCACGUGUCCCACCUGGAGAAUGUGUCAGAGGAUGAGAUUAACCGGCUCUUGGGGAUGGUGGUGGACGUGGAGAAUCUGUUCAUGUCUGUUCACAAGGAGGAGGAUACGGACACCAAGCAGGUCUAUUUCUACCUCUUCAAGGUGAGCUUCUUCCAACUCCUGCGGAAAUGCAUCCUGCAGAUGACUCGGCCCGUGGUGGAGGGGUCCCUGGGCAGCCCCCCUUUUGAGAAGCCUAAUAUUGAGCAGGGUGUGCUGAACUUUGUGCAGUACAAGUUUAGUCAUCUGGCUCCCCGGGAGCGGCAGACAAUGUUCGAGCUCUCGAAGAUGUUCCUGCUCUGCCUUAACUACUGGAAGCUUGAGACGCCUGCCCAGUUUCGGCAGAGGUCUCAGGCCGAGGACGUGGCUACCUACAAGGUCAAUUAUACCAGAUGGCUCUGUUACUGCCACGUUCCCCAGAGCUGCGAUAGCCUUCCCCGGUACGAGACCACUCACGUCUUUGGGCGGAGCCUUCUCCGCUCCAUCUUCACCGUUACCCGGCGACAGCUGCUGGAGAAGUUCCGGGUGGAGAAGGACAAGCUGGUGCCCGAGAAGAGGACCCUCAUUCUCACCCACUUCCCCAAAUUCCUGUCUAUGCUGGAGGAGGAGAUCUACGGGGCAAACUCUCCAAUCUGGGAGUCGGGCUUCACCAUGCCGCCCUCGGAGGGAACCCAGCUGGUGCCCCGGCCGGCUACAGUCAGCGCUGCGGUUGUUCCCAGCGCCCCCAUCUUCAGUCCCACCAUGGCUGGGGGCAGCAACAGCUCCUUGAGCCUGGAUUCCGGAGGGGCUGAGCCCAUGCCAGCUUCCUCAGCAGGCGAGAAGAGGAAGCUCCCAGAGAACCUGACCCUGGAGGAUGCCAAACGGCUCCGUGUGAUGGGUGACAUCCCCAUGGAGCUCGUCAAUGAGGUCAUGCUCACCAUCACGGAUCCUGCGGCCAUGCUCGGGCCUGAGACGAGCUUGCUGUCGGCUAACGCCGCCCGGGAUGAGACUGCCCGCCUGGAGGAGCGCCGCGGCAUCAUCGAGUUCCACGUCAUUGGCAACUCGCUCACGCCCAAGGCCAACCGGCGGGUGUUGCUGUGGCUCGUAGGGCUGCAGAACGUCUUCUCCCACCAGCUGCCACGCAUGCCCAAGGAGUACAUCGCCCGCCUCGUCUUUGACCCGAAGCACAAGACUCUGGCCUUGAUCAAGGACGGGCGGGUCAUUGGUGGGAUCUGCUUCCGCAUGUUUCCCACCCAGGGCUUCACGGAGAUUGUCUUCUGCGCUGUCACCUCAAACGAGCAGGUCAAGGGCUAUGGGACUCACCUGAUGAACCACCUGAAGGAGUAUCACAUCAAACACAACAUUCUCUACUUCCUCACCUACGCCGACGAGUACGCCAUUGGCUACUUUAAAAAGCAGGGCUUCUCCAAGGACAUCAAGGUGCCCAAGAGCCGCUACUUGGGCUACAUUAAGGACUAUGAGGGCGCGACACUGAUGGAGUGUGAGCUGAACCCUCGAAUUCCCUACACGGAGCUGUCCCACAUCAUCAAGAAGCAGAAGGAGAUCAUCAAGAAGCUGAUUGAGCGCAAACAGGCACAGAUCCGAAAGGUCUACCCCGGGCUCAGUUGCUUCAAGGAGGGUGUGAGGCAGAUCCCUGUGGAGAGCGUCCCCGGCAUUCGAGAGACGGGCUGGAAGCCGCUGGGGAAGGAGAAGGGGAAGGAGCUGAAGGACCCAGACCAGCUCUACACGACCCUCAAAAACCUGCUGGCCCAGAUCAAGUCCCACCCUAGUGCCUGGCCGUUCAUGGAGCCCGUGAAGAAGUCAGAGGCCCCAGACUACUACGAGGUCAUCCGCUUCCCCAUCGACCUGAAGACCAUGACAGAGAGGCUGCGCAGCCGCUACUACGUGACCCGUAAGCUCUUUGUAGCUGACCUGCAGCGGGUCAUCGCCAACUGCCGCGAGUACAACCCCCCGGACAGCGAGUACUGCCGCUGCGCCAGCGCCCUGGAGAAGUUCUUCUACUUCAAGCUCAAGGAGGGCGGGCUCAUUGACAAGUAGUCUGGCUUUGGACCGCGGCCUCAACCUGGAAUGUCUCCACCUCGGGUUCUGAUCUGAUCCCUGGGGUGCCCUUGUGCCCAGGUCUGCUUCGGUUUGAGACACUCCAGCCAGGGGCCCUCCAGCCCCUGAUCCUGCAGCCCUUUCAGGGCCCUGGGACACCCCCAAGCCUGCAGCUCUGUCCCACCCUUCAUUGUGUCUGACCUUGGGAAGGGGUCUCUCAGGUCUGGGGUUCAGCCCCUCUAAGAGUGGCUGGUGGCCAGAGGAUGAACCCUGUCCAGCCCUGGUGGCCCCCCGUCCUGAUCCCCGCUUCUUCGUCCCACCCACCGCCCCCCCCACACACACCCAAACACACACACACACAC